CAAUGCAACUACUUAGUUUUCGAUUUAUAUCAACGAAAGCAACGAGACAAUGAACAGUGCAAAAAUAAUAGUCAUUGGCUCAGGCCCAUCAGGCAUAGCCGCUGCUACCAAACUUCUAGAACUUGGAUUUCAAAAAGUCACCUUACUCGAAGCCGAAAAUCGCAUUGGAGGUCGUAUCAACACUAUUCCAUUUGCAAAUAAUGUUGUUGACAUGGGAGCCCAAUGGUGUCAUGGGGAAAAGGAUAAUGUUGUUUUUGAUUUGGCUAAUCAACAGCCGAAUCUUUUGGAGCACUCUGAUGAAUAUGCUAGCAAACAAAAUUUUAUCCGAUCCAACAAAUAUAUUCUCCCAGAAGCUACAAGUAAACGUCUUCAAGAUAUCAUCGAUAAACAUAUCGAUAAUGAAGUGGAAAUGAAAAAUUUCAAGGGCUCAUUGAAAGAAUAUAUCACAGAGAAAUACUUUCAAGAACUACAAAAGCCUGAGAAUUCUGAUAUCGAUACAAAUAUUGGCAAAGAGUUUUUUGAUAAUUUUCAAAAGUUUGAAAAUGCAAUUGACGCUGCUGAUAGUUUGAGUGAUAUAUCGACGAGAGACUAUCAUGAAAAUUGGGAGAGCGAGGGAGAUCAGCUAUUAAACUGGAAAGAUAAGGGUUACCUGCGAUUUUUACAAUUGCUAAUGAAAUCAACUGACAGCAAGAAGCUGGGUGUACUAGAUCAGCGUGUGGAAUUGGGGAAACCUGUGAAGAAGAUUAUCUGGAGUGAUCGAGGUGUAUUAGUUACGUGUGAAGAUGGAGAAGUAAAAGAAGCUGAUCAUGUUAUAGUAACAGUGUCACUUGGUGUUUUAAAAGAACUUCAUUCAAGCUUGUUCGAACCAAAAUUACCAGAGAAAAAAACUCAAGCUAUUGAAACAUUAGGAUUUGGUACUGUCAACAAGGUGUUUUUGGAAUUUCCCAAUGAAUUCUGGCCAGUGAAUUGGGAAGGUUUUGCAUUAUUGUGGCGUGAGGAGGAUCUUAAAGAAAUUCGUGGCACAAACCGUGCUUGGUUGGAGGAUAUGUUCACUUUUGUAACAGUCAAAUAUCAACCAAAACUUUUAAAUGGUGUUAUUGUGGGUCCCAAUGCAAGGCUAAUGGAAACAUUGCCAAGAGAAGAAGUGAUCAGUGGCUGUAUGUAUUUAUUGAGAAAAUUUCUAAAAUGGGAAAUUCCUGAACCAAUUAACUCUACAACUUCAUCAUGGUAUUCGAAUAAACAUUUUAGAGGAUCUUAUUCUCAUGCAACGGUCAAGGCAGAGAAGAUUAAUGCAAAACCAGCUCAUUUGGCAAGUACAUUGGUAAAUUCUGAAAAUAAACCAGUAGUUUUGUUUGCUGGCGAAGCUACAAAUGAUCAUCAUUUUUCAACAGUUCAUGGAGCAGUGGAAACUGGUUGGCGUGAAGCACAGAGGCUUGCAGACAUUUAUAGUGUUAAAUAAUUUUGAUGACAUGUUUUCAAUUAUGAUUUAUUUAUAAAAAUAAAAUUUAAAGAUUUUCAAUUCUAGAA